AUACAUUUAGCUUGGUGCAUGUAAGCAAUCGGUAGGCUAUUUGUUUGCAUUGAAGUUAUCAGGCAUCAUCAACAGGCUGCGGUUUGGAGAACGAAGCGCAGAACCUGGAUCAAGGCGUAUGCCUCUCGGAUAAGUUACACGUGUUGCAAAGUACAAGGUUCUCUCAUUAGCCUACACCAGGUUACCUCAACAUUGGAGUUCUUCUUCAUAGGCCAAUCAGAUAUGAGUUGUGGUUGGUCCUAAAGCGCAUACGUCUCUCGUCUUUUUGUAAAGAUAUCUAUUUUAUUUUUAUUUUAUUAACCCAUUUUAGUAUUUUACAAUAUGUCGUGUCUUUUGCUUGGAGUUAUCAGAAGGUGAGUAUCUAGCGUAUUGCAAUUUGAAACAUCAUAUUUCCUUUUUGACUAACCAUGGCACAGUAUGCUGUAUAUAGUGUACUUGAUGUCUAUUUGACCUGUUCGCAGCCUUGCAAUAUUUAAAAUGUUGCAACUGCAGUAGGCAAAUCAUGGAAUGGUGAUGAUGGUAUAAAAUUAAUUGUCAUGAAUUAGUAAUAUCACUAUCGUGGAUAGGAUACUUUUACCAGUUAUCGCAAUCUCGCUCAUGAUAUGGCUGUUGGCAGCAAUCCUAUGCAAACAUCCUUGUUAUGAUGAUAGGGUAUAUGUUUAUGAUGGCAAACUCAGGGAAUAUCAGAGAUCCAUUGUAACCAAAUGUUAAGGAUACAUGAACUAGAGAUUACAUGUCCAUAAACUAAGGAUUAAAUAUCCUCAUUGUUGAAUGGUAAAUCCUAUUGAAGACUAUGCAAAGCACUGCAAUUAGCCAUUCAUCAUCUCCAACUUGAUUGUCAUUUGUUGUGAAAUUGACAGUCUCGUUUUAAAAUGAUCAGAGGAAAGAAUAAAUCCAAGAUAGCCAAUGAGUAGUCAUUCCACCUCCAAAAAUCACAAGAAAGAGGAUUUCCACACCCACCAUCUCAGAUUGUUCUGAAAUCAUUUCUGUACUUAAAAACAGAUAAGGUUAGCAUUCCUGAAACAUUAUUUUGUUGAAAUAUAAUUUGAUCUCUGAGAAAAUAAGCUAAUUGAUUGCACCCAACUUGGCCAUUUCCGAUAAUUGUUUUAUUUUAUUAGGGUUUUCACAAAAUGUUAUUCACUAGCCCAUUUCUCGAUGAAAGUUUUGGGCUUGUAGGCAAAGUCUUCAUAUGAGAUUUGCACCAUAAGGAUAGCCCUCAGAGAGCUGCCAGUUGUUGGACUAUUCAAGGCGAGUUGGGUUGAAGUAUUAGGUUGCUAAGAGAACGACAAACUGAAUUGCUUUCAUGGAGGACCGGCUUGACAACACAGUUGCCCACACAAUUUAUUUUCACCAUGAGCAAAAGCUUUUGGUUUUCUAUCCAAAGUUGCAAAGAAAAUGUUGUGAUUCUUUUUUUAAACCAGCAAAAUUGUUAAAAGCGUGUGGUGGUAGUAGCAGGAACAGCGGCAGCUAGUGGGCAAAACCUGUUACUUUCACACUAAUUUAUGGUAAAUAAUGCAAGCGAAUUCAAUGGCUAAUUUCUCUAAACAGGUGCAAUAAAACAUCACCAGAUUCACAGGGAGUACAUUACAAAAGGUGAAGAGACAAUACUCCAAGAAGCAGAACCAUACUACUUGUCAAACAUAGAGAACUGAUACUGUAUACUGGUUGUUAGGGUGGGAUUGGCGUGGAGUGUUGGGGAUCGGUGGGUGGCUUUUGACCAUUUUAUUGGAUUCCUCAUGUCUUACUCAAUGAUAGGAUGAAGUUUGGUUCAAAUCAGUUGUUGGGUACUAUAAUUUGUUGAAUAUUAUGUGAAUCCUAUAAAUUAAAAGGGACAAUUUGGGUGGCAUCAAUUCGUUUUUAUUAUUUCUCAUAAAUCAAAUAACAUUUCAACAAAAUAAUGGUUCAGGAAUGCGAAUCGUAUCUGUUUCUAACUACAGAAAUGAUUUCAAAACAAUCUGAGAUGGUGGGUGUAAUGGCUUGCUGAAAUGACAUGGAAUGACCCCAAUGUCACUGAACUAUAAAGAAAGAUCUUAAUAGAAAAUGCCACAGACAUAUAGCACAGCACACACAACAUUGUGGGUUUUGGUUUGUGUCUGACCGAUUUGGAGGUGCACAAACCUGACUGACCAGAUUUCAAAAGCUGUUCACCUCUGAGAUAGAAAAUGACGGACAGAUUUUCAAGAUCCUAUUGAUUUGAAUCUCUGUCAUUCCACUUUCUCUUCACCACUCUUUCUCUAGGCUGUUUGGUGACGUCACACAGAGACUAACAAGUAUGUGAGCAGUCUUGAGUGCAUCUUGUCUUACUUUUCAGAAUGAACUGCAUGACACUGUCUGUCAGUCUUACAAACUUGAGAGGGUUCUAUGUUUUGUGUCUACUAUGCAUUUGUUAUUGGUGUGUGUAUAUGUGUGUGUUGAAACAGCAUCAUAGUAAAUUCGAGAUUGUCAAGAGAGUGCACUGUCAGGAUUUGUGUAGCUGCCUAAUUGACAUAGACGUUUCAAUGCCUUACUUCUGCAUGUUUAUGUAUGAUGAAUGAAUGUUUACUGUAUGUUUACUGUGCUACGUGCAUUUCUGUUCAGUUCCUGAAAAUGCCCUAUGGACCAAGCUAUUAACAUUACAUUUUGGGGCAGUGUGGGUGUGACUGUGUGUGGUGCAUGGUGAUUCGUCUACAUUUUUGGAGGCGUGUUGCAUUGUCCUUGUGGAAAUGAGACUAAGCAAAGCCCAGCUGGAACCCAAAGAGAGGGCCACAGAGGUUGAGAAAUUAUACAUUUUCAUGGCUAUCUUUGUUCUCACAUAUCUCUCCCUGACUAGGCCCUAUUCCCACUACGAGAUAUGAAGGAGAGUCUGAGGAGCGUGGUGGCUAAAGAUAAUUCUACUUUUCAAUUGACAUUACAUCCUUGCCUUACCUUUUGUUGUGGCUGGUAACGCGACAUUCUUGCUCCGCAGCUCAAUUUGACUGUAAAUAUCACAGUAGUCACAAGCAAUGUUCCCUCAAAUGUUUUUGGUCACUGAGCAAAUUUCUGGUCUGCUGAGCGCAAACUUGAACAUUAUGAAAAUUCUGUGCAACUUCCGGUGCAUGUUUACUGUGAACAAUGAGGCUGCACCCGCUUUAAGUUAGUUUUAACAGUGGUUAAGUAGGCUACUGUGGCUAUUUGAUCAUAAUGUAGGCCUACCAGAGUGGCCUACCAUAAAAAACAAUGCAUCCCAUAACAUUUUAACAUGGAAAUAGGUGUUCUAUCGUUCAGCCUACAGUAGCAGCCAAUGUGUGAUGUUCAAUGUAGGCCUUCAUUCCAUAAACUAACUUGUUUAUCCACUUAUCCUUCAGACAAGGAGGUGACUGAAAAUGUUGUUGUGGUGUUUAAUGCAAGAAACCACUUUACAAAAUAAAAUGCAUAAUUAUUCCCAUAUCAUUAUUACAGAGAAUCAGACAAAUUAUGCUACCCUCGCCUAUUGGCUACUUAGCUUAUUCAAGCCUGGGCCUCCCGAGUGGCGCAGCGGUCUAAGGCACUGCAUCGCAGUGCUAGAGGCAUCACUACAGAUCCGGGUUCGAUCUCGGGCUGUGUCGCAGCCGGCCGCGACCGGGAGACCCAUGAGGCGGCGCACAAUUGGCCCAGCGUUGUCCGGGUUAAGGGAGGGUUUGGCCGGCUGGGAUGUCCUUGUCCUAUCGCGCUCUAGCGGCUCCUUGUGGCGGCCGGGCGCAUGACUUCGGUCGCCAGCUGUACGGUGUUUCCUCCGACACAUUGGUGCGGCUGGCUUCCGGGUUAAGUGAGCAGUGUGUCAAGAAGCAGUGCGGCUUGGCAGGGUCGUGUUUCGGAGGACGCAUGGCUCUCGACCUUCGCCUCUCCUGAGUCCGUACGGAAGUUGCAGCGAUGGGACAAGACUGUAACUACCAGUUUGAUAUCACGAAAUUGGGGAGAAAAGGGCAAAAAAGUACAACAACAAAAAAACAACGUAUUCAAGCCUGUCUCAAAACACUGCCCCUUUAAGACAAAAAAAAUAUCUUUGCCUGACUCACUUUUCAAAGGUGUCUAGAAAUGCAGGAAGCAGUCACUCCCCCACUAAUUUGACUACAAAUGAUCUAUAACUGGGCUAAUAACUCACUAAUUAGCAAAGGAUAUGAAUGUACAAAUGUGCAUACGUCGCUACGUCUAGCUCUUGCUUUGAUCUUAAAACAAGCCCAUCUACUCACGACCGCUCAUGCUGUAAAAACAGUCCAGUUCAAAGUGAAUGGCACAGAUCCAUAUAAUGGCGAUGGUCUAUUUUUUAUUUAUUUAUUUGAUUUCAUCUUUAUUUAACCAGGUAAGCCAGUUGAGAACAAGUUCUCAUUUACAACUGCGACCUGGCCAAGAUAAAGAUAUUUGCAUAUAUGGGAGUGUGUAAACUUACAUUUUGUAUCACCAUAUAAUUUUUGUUUGUAUUAUCUUUUACCAGAUCGAAUGUGUUAUAUUCUCCUACAUUAAUUUCACAUUUCCACAAACUUCAAAGUGUUUCCUUUCAAAUGGUAUCAAGAAUAUGCAGAUCCUUGCUUCAGGUCCUGAGCUACAGGCAUUUAGAUUUGUAAUUUUAGGCGAAAAUUUAAAGAAAGGGUCCGAUCCUUAAGAGGUUAAUUAAACUAACUCCUAACCUUAAACCCUAACCCCUAGCCUAGCUAACGUUAGCCACCUAGCUAACGUUAGCCACAACAAAUUGGAAUUCGUAACAUAUCAUACUUUUAGCAAAUUCGUAACAUUGUACAAAUUGCAAUUCGUAACAUAUCAUACUUAGGUAUGGUGAGCUGCAUUGCAAAAUUACACAAGUAGAUUUGUACAGAAGUGCUGCUAUGGUACUUGUAGUGGGAGCUGGGACUUUUGGAGCUUAUACAAUACAUACGAGCAAACGUUAUGUUGAGCACAUUCUCUCCCUUUACCUUAUACAUCUACCAUGACAAUCUGUCAAAAGUGGGUGAUGGGUAAAGAGGAGUGAUGAGGGAGGGAGAGAGAGGGAGCUUUCAGAGGUCAAAGGUGAAACGGAGGAGAGGGAGAUUUAUUUCAGGCCGCUAGUUGGGGUAGUUUUAUUUGGCCCCAAAGUUUUCUGAGCAAAAAAAAAACAUAUUUUUAUAUAUAUAUUUUUUUUCAUUGUUGGACAUACAUAAAAGACUGUAAAAACACCAGGAAAUCAGCUCCAAGUUAUUUAUAUUUUGGAAAUCUGUUCUCAAGAAUUCCCAAGCAUUAUAUUACAAAUGUAAGUAUGUUUUGAAAUGAUUAUAUUUUAGUCAAAUAUUAUAUCUUUUUGGGCUUCUUGCGGUCAAUUUGCAGUCAACAAAUUAUUUGUAAUUAUGUUCAGGCCCCCUGACCAUCUGCUCAAGAAAAAAUUGGCCCGUGGCUGAAUCUAGUUGAUGAUCCCUGGUUUAAAGGAAAAAUAGAAACCAACCACUCACUCUCGGCUCCCUAAUUCUUAUUUACCGUUAGUUAAGUUAUAGACAGACACUCAAGUGAUUACUCUAACGAUUGGGCUCCUAAGUAAUUAUAUUCUGUUAAUAUUGAACAGCACUUGUAUAGUUUAGAUAAUUGGUUGCAUGACAGGACAAACGCUCCUACAGUAUGUACUCAAUAGAUUUUCAGUUUAGUCUGCUUGCAGUGACCUGUUCCUGAGAAUGGCAUUAUACACAGAGGAAAGGGUGGAAAGCCUAACCGUUCUCCUCUCCUGGUUCAUUUUCUGUCAGCUUGCUUGCUCUCUCUUUUCCUGCCCAGUACUUUGUGGGCAAAAGGUCUCUCUCUCCCUCCCUCCCAGUCUGAAGUUUCUCAAUACACACAUCUGGUCGACUGCAUGCAGAAAUGUGUCACUUAUAAUAGACUUCAUAAACUGGAGAAGAUCUAAGAUGACUUCUCAUAACAUAAAUGGUUAAACAGUGUUUAAACAAUACUUGUUCCCUGUGACAUUGGGCAUUUUCCCAUCAACAACAAUCUAUAUUCUCAGUUUGCAAAUAGGACACUGGGCAGCCUUUACCCCUUCCUUUAGAAAUGGCAGUUGUUGUGUACACGGGAAGUUUAAUGACACCCACAAUGCAGCCAAUUGGGACAGACUUUGUCAGCACUUUUAACGGAACCUGUCUUUCAACUAGCUACCAAGGUAGAAUAGUGUGAUUUAAAUUCAUAGCCAAAUUAGUCAAUAGACCUAGCCAUGAGUUGGAAUGUGAGUCAAAUUAUAAUGCAGCUCCUAGAGACAAAGAGGUAGCCAAACCAGUUCCAGAGGUUCCUAGACACGUCAGUAUAAGGAGUAUUUUUUAUUUUUUAAAAACAAAGUUUCAAUUGAAGAGUGCAUCUGAGGACACAGAAUCCUCCUCAGAGUUUUUUGGAGUCAAACCAUUGACCAUCGUGCCUGGUGUUUCUAGUCAGCUAGUCGGAGCGCUAACACAUGUUGUAACUGAUUGUGUUUUGCCCUUGUUUGUGAACACUGUGCUGUUAACAAACAAAAGAAAGCCCCCCUAUGUGCCCCCAACAUUAUAAAGAGCUCUGAGCUGAAGUCUCAGGUUGCAGUGCCCUAGGCUGUAGUUUGCAUCCCAAUGGCAACUUCCUGCCACUCAUUUAUAUAAUUAAGGAGCCCAAGGAAGAGCAGGAAAACCAAGCUGGUUUGGGAUAUAUCUGGUCUGUCGAUGGCCUUUCCUCUUAAAAGUCAUUUGAGUUUUAGGUCAUAGUGAUGUCUGUGUCUCGCGCAGAUGAUUGAAUAAUAGUGAACAUGUAUGGAUAUUAUUUGUUUCUAACUAUACAUCUGAUAAUGAAAUGUUAUUCUAGAUUAUGUUCAGAAGUAACACAUUCACAGUGCUUGCCGUGGUUUAGGUAAAACAAAAUUCCCAAGAAUGCGAUUGGAGAAGAACCGAAGUCUACUCCUCAGUGACACUACAUUAGUAGAUUACACCAAUGCAUUAUUUACGUGUGGAUUGCUCUAAUACUAGCAGUAAUAGUAGGAAUGUAGUGACACUUUUUCCUUUAAUCUGCUCUCCAUAGAAUUGCAUCCCUGAAACCAUACUGAAGAGGUUGAUUGUGUAUCUUGCUACCAUUGUGUAUCUUGCUACCAUUGUGCAUCUUGCUACCUAGUGUUUAAAUGUUGUUCCUAUUGUGUUGCCUAUUUUAACACCAGAUUUAAAUUUGAUAUCCAUUUGGAGCACAUCUUAUUUGAUAACUGCGAGUUGCUAAAUUAUCAUAGUAUUGCUCCUCUUACAGCUGAUAUCAGCCAGCAACCUAAUAUCAUGUCUGUAUGAUACAGUAUGUUUGAAUACAGUUCCCUCCCUGUAAGCCUCCGUAACACACCCACUGUUACCACCCUGUGUCUUGGUACAGACGGGGUGGCGUUGGGGCAUCCGUGGGGGUCCGCUCCCUGGCCUCGAUCCCCUCUCUGCCCCCAGCGGUGGCUGACUUCGUGAAGGGGGCGAUGGAUGAGUGCAAGCCGGCCAAUGUGCAUGUGGUGACGGGGACUGCAGAAGAGUCGGCUCACAUCCUAGCUGGCUUGGAGAAAGGGGGCAUGGUGAAGAAGCUACCGAAGUAUGAGAACUGGUGAGUGCUGCUGUGAUCUUUGUGAACAGUAGGAAUCUGGGUCUUUAUGUCACAAAGCAGGUUAAGUUAGCUAGCGAGCUAAGUUAAUGUAGAGCAGAAUACAUUAAUAUUAUUCUGGUUAGUGAAGAAUUCUUAAAUUGAAUGUACGUUAUUGAGAGUAAGUCUGUCAAACAAAGUAAUCUGUAUGGCUCGGUAAUAUUAAUCUGAAACAAUAUCAGUCAUACAUCAAAGAAUCUCUUGGGUCACUUUUUCCACUGUGGCCCUGGAGAUCAACGAAAGACUCCAGGCCUGUUAUACUCACUGCCAUAAAGAAUGAUAAGGUAAUUAAUAGUCUGUUUAUGGCUUUUCUCUCUGGGCAGCUGGCUGGCACGCACAGACCCCAAGGAUGUGGCUCGCGUGGAGAGUAAGACAGUGAUCGUCACCAAGAACCAGAGGGACACCAUCCCCAUCCCCGAUGGGGGGGCUAAGAGCCAGCUGGGCAGCUGGAUGAGUGAGGGUGACUUCCAGAAGGCCAGAAAGGACCGCUUCCCAGGCUGCAUGGCAGGUACUGUACUGUACACAACACACUUUUCAGACAAGAGGCUAACACAACCCCUCUAUAGUUUCAGCUGUCUGUAUCAGUUGUCUGUAAUGGAGUGUCAGUCUUCAUUCAAAUUGGGUUUAUCACUUUUUUAAAUGCCUUUUUUUGCCUAACAGAAAACUGGGCCUAAACCUCCAAAAUAACUAGCUAAGACGUCAGUGGCAAGUGUUGUAGUUGACUAUCAUCGUUGUGUCAAGUGUUAUAAUGUUACACUACUGAAGUCCAAUUUGGACUAAUUAGACAACUUAGACAGUAAGAGGGCCAAGAGUCAUUACGUAUCAAAUGGUAGAGUUUAGGAAUAAAGUGUGGGGUUAAAUGAUUCUCUGAAAGGGUCAAAUUCUAUUGAGACACCAAGGCUUUCAACUAGCCAACUGAGAGUUGUCUGUAAUGGGAAAUAAUGUCUAACUCUCAAUGUUCAUUUUAAUUACUUAAUUUCCUCAUUCUUCCUCAGGUCGAACCAUGUAUGUGAUCCCUUUCAGUAUGGGCCCGGUGGGCUCUCCGCUGUCUAAGUUUGGCGUGCAGGUGACGGACUCGCCCUACGUGGUGGCCAGCAUGGGCAUCAUGACACGCAUGGGCACCCCAGUCAUGGACAAGCUGGCACAGGGGGCAGAGUUUGUGCGCUGCCAGCACUCCCUCGGGCAACCUCUCCCACUGAAAGGUACCACUGCCCAGAGACUGUCUCUCUAUCUCCAUCUUGUAAGUUAUAUCAUAAACUUAGAAAACAACAACAUUGUUGCAUAUCACAUCUCCUACAUAAUUAUACAUAAUUAUAAUUUAACAUGUUCAGCAGUAUGCCAUACAUGCCGUUCAAGCAUCAUUUGCCUCACCUCGUUCCAUCCCUUGCUUCCAUAGUCACCCCUCCAUCACCAUCUUCCUCCCAUGCUCCCCACCUCCUCCUCCUCUCCUCCCAGCUCCCCUGGUCAACUCGUGGCCGUGUAACCCAGAGAAGGUGCUGAUCUCCCACCUGCCAGACACCAGGCAGAUCCUGUCGUUCGGCAGCGGCUACGGAGGCAACUCCCUGCUGGGCAAGAAGUGCUUCGCUCUGCGGAUCGCCUCGCGCAUCGCCAAGGAUGAGGGCUGGCUGGCUGAACACAUGCUGGUGAGAACAGGGACCCGAUAGGGGUGCACAGACAGGACUGUAUUCCCUUUUUUGGAGUGGUUCCAACAGGAAUACUGUAUCUUAGACAUGAAGAGCAGACGGGGGUCAAAGACAGGGAUCAUAGUGAGUAAAAUAGUGAUUUCUGUGCUGACCUGCAAUAUCAGGAGAUGGGUUGCAAGAUUCAGAUCUUAGCAUAUGUGACACAGUCAGUGCCUCAUACAGUAGCAGUGAGUAGUUAGUUAGUUCCUUCUGAUGUUCCUACAUUACCGGAGAAACUGCCCAGUCAAUGCAACACCCACCCUCUCUGAAAAUAUCUCCCUCUUUCUCUCUUUUCUGUCACUCCUCCCCCACCAGAUCCUGGGCAUCACCAAUCCUUGGGGAGUGAAGCGUUACGUGGCGGCGGCGUUCCCAAGUGCCUGUGGGAAAACCAACCUGGCCAUGAUGAAGCCUGCGCUGCCUGGCUGGACUGUGGAGUGUGUGGGAGACGACAUCGCCUGGAUGAAGUUUGACAGCCAGGGUGAAAGGAGGGAUACACGCUCAACACACUCUGAGACUCAGAGCUUCUGUAGAGUAAAGACAAUGACCGACUAGUAAAGACUCAAACAGUAACAUACUAGAGCUUCACACUCAUGUUAUUCAUUUCAUGGCCAGACAAAUUGUACAACCCAUUGCAACUAUAACCAGCAACUCCCACUUGUCAAGUCCUUUCCCCUCCUUUUCUUAGAGAGGAAAUUAUUAAGUUGAGAACAUCACUUCCUUCAAGGAACAAAUCCUUUAAUGUAUCUCUGUGACUCACCUUGUCACUUUCUCCUCAGGUAAACUCAGGGCCAUCAACCCAGAGAACGGCUUCUUCGGCGUGGCUCCCGGCACGUCCCUGAAGACCAACCCUCACGCCAUGGCGACCAUCGCCAAAAACACAGUGUUCACCAACGUGGGAGAGACCAGCGACGGAGGGGUAUGGUGGGAGGGACUGGACCCCCCUGCCGCAGGGGUCUCCCUGACUGACUGGCAUGGCAAAUCCUGGAAAGCAGGUAGAGUUGACUCACUGUAGUGUUAAUAGUGGGCAGGUAGAGUUGACUCACUGUAGUGUAAACAGUGGGCUGUGGGCAGGUAGAGUUGACUCACUGUAGUUGACCCACAGUUUAAUAUCCAUCUCUUCAUUCAAAGACUCAAUCAUGGACACUCUUACUGACAGUUGUGGCUGCUUCGCGUGAUGUAUUGUUGUCUCUACCUUCUUGCCUUUGUGCUGUUGUCUGUGCCCAAUAAUGUUUGUACCAUGUUCUGUGCUGCUACCAUGUUGUGCUGCUGCCAUGUGGUGUUGCUACCAUGCUGUGUUGUCAUGUGUUGCUGCCAUGCUAUGUUGUUGUCUUAGGUCUCUCUUUAUGUAGUGUUGUGGUGUCUCUCUUGUCGUGAUGUGUGUUUUGUCCUAUAUUUUUAAUCCCAGCCCCUGUCCCUGCAGGAGGCCUUUUGCCUUUUGGUAGGUCGUCAUUCUAAAUAAGAAUUUGUUCUUAACUGACUUGCCUAGUUAAAUAAAGGUUAAAUAAAUUAAAAAAUUUAAGAAUUGUGUUAAUAGUGGGCAGGUAGAGGUGACUCACUAGUGCCACCUGGUGACAUGGUGUGACACUGUCCUUUUGUUGUCAUUGGGUAGAGAAAGUACACAGUAACACUUAAGUAUAACAUCUGCUCAUAAACUACUUAGUAAAUCACUACAUAGCAUUUAUACAUGAGUCUAGUAGCAUUAAUAACAAUGUAAUCAUGUUUCUAAGUUAUUUAUAUGCAUACCAUCAAAUCAAAUGUUGUAGAAAUGUUAAUGUACUAAUUUCUAUACUGUCAUAAUGUUUUAUUCUGUUAAUAGUAUUCACCCUCUUUCUCUUCUUCCACAGGAGACUCUGCCCCGUGUGCCCACCCCAACUCCAGGUUCUGUACCCCGGCGGCCCAGUGCCCCAUUAUCGACCCACAGUGGGAGAGUGACGAGGGAGUGCCCAUCGAUGCCAUCAUCUUCGGGGGUAGAAGGCCAGAGGGUGAGUGCCAUCUACUGAUCCAAUUACUAAAAUACUGGUUUAUUGUCAUUUACCACAAUAAUAAUAUUAUAUUGUCAUUUUAUUCAUGUAGCAGACACUCCUAUACAGCAAGCCUCUGGUGGUAUAUCCAGUGUUACAAAUUAUACAGUUUACAUUUGACAUUUUAGUCAUUUAGCAGACGCUCUUAUCCAGAGCGACUUACAGUUAGUGAGUGCAUUCAUUUUUUCAUACUGGCCCCCCGUGGGAAAUGAACCCACAACCCUGGCGUUGCAAGCGCCAUGCUCUACCAACUGAGCUACACGGGGCUACGGGGCUUCAGUUUGGUUGAUGUAACUGGAAUAUAAAUGAUUCUGUAUUAUAACUGUUUUGAAAUUGUAUGUUCUAAUAUUCUUGCUCCCAGUGUGUCACUGUGGGACACUCCAUGUCACACUGUUGGCCAUGUCCUGACCUCUGACCUCUCUUUUUCCCAGGUGUCCCUCUGGUGUACGAGUCGUUUAGCUGGCGGCACGGUGUGUUUGUGGGAGCUUCUAUGAGGUCUGAGGCAACAGCAGCUGCUGAGUACAAAGGUACAGUACCUCAUAAACCUCAUUAAAGAGAAUUACAUUAGUUAUAACGUAAUUUAAAUGGAUAUGAGCUGUCUAUAGAGUACAAAAUAAAAUAAUAGAAUAGAACAGUAAAAACAUAUCUAGGACUAAUAUCACCUGAUUUGGUGGUAUACUGUAUUCCCUGAUUCCUCUCCAGCAGUGACAAUGUAUAAAGCAAUGACCUUUUCAUUAAAAUGCUUUUUUUCCCCCAGGCAAGGUCAUCAUGCAUGAUCCCUUCGCCAUGCGCCCCUUCUUCGGCUACAACUUCGGCGACUACCUGGCCCACUGGCUCAGCAUGGAGACCCGCAAGGGCCCCACCCACCUGCCCAAGAUCUUCCACGUCAACUGGUUCCGUAAGGACCCCACGUCGGGCUCCUUCCUCUGGCCAGGCUUCGGGGACAAUGCCCGCGUGCUGGAGUGGAUCUUCAAACGCUGCGGCCGCGAGAGGGAGGACGAGGCAGCAAAGAAGAGCAUGGUGGGCUGGGUGCCACAGGAGGGAGCCAUCAACCUGCAUGGCCUGGGCAGCAAUGUGGACAUGGGGGCCCUCUUCGACCUGCCCAAGGCCUUCUGGGAGAAGGAGACCCAGGAGCUGCGGGCAUACUUUACCCAGCAGGUGGGAGCAGACCUCCCCCAACAGGUGGAGGGAGAGCUGAAGGCUCUGGAGGACAGGGUCAGGAAUGGAGAGGCGGAGGCCCAGAUGACUCAGAGUUGAAGAGAGAAAGUUUAGACUAUUGGACUACACUGAUGUUGCAAUAUGGUGGGGAUGGGUAGGGUGGGGGGUAAGAAAAAGUGACUGACCAACUGAUUGCAGUUUGGUGGAAACUGCAUUGAGUAUAUGUGGGUAGAUGUAAAGCAAAGGUUCUAAAUUGUAAGAAAAUACAAUGAUAUGAUGCGACUGCAUCACUGACGAAUGCAGAUCAGUCGUCACUCACUGUCAAUGGAUAUGUGAGUAGAAUCAAUGUGUAGUAGUGCCUUACUGACAUCUUGCAAUAAAGGCGUUGGAUGUUUGUUUACAAGCUAUAGCCCAAAUAAUCAUCUCUGAUCAUAACAAGGUUUAAUAUCCAUAUUAAUUGUAACAUUUUGCAGAAUAUUAACAUCUUUUGAAAUGCUCUGCUGGCCUCUCACUAGUCACUGGGAUUACUGAAUGGCCAUUGGCUUGGAACAUGUGGAGGAAAUACAUCUGAUUGGCUCAGGGAAACCAAAACAUUUUAACUGAAUUCCAUUGGGGGAAAGAUUCAUUCGCAUUUUUUGGCAACUUGUAUUGUUUCCAUUAAAAAUGCAUGAUUAUGAUAUAAUGUUUAAGAAAUGUUAAAUGUUGAACCAAUAAGAGCAAGAGAUUGAAUGGUAAAUUGAAUUUAAAGGUUUUUAUUACAAUGCAAUUAAUAAACAACCUCAAUCAGCCUCAAUUGUGUCUUUUGAUCAACACAACAUAAAAACGGACAUGAUAACUCCUAAAAAGAUACAUGGACUGUAUACAAUAUCAUUAUAAAGAUAACUGUAUUAAAGAAAAGGGGAACAGUGACCAGUAGAUUUGAUCAUCAGUCUGGCUAUUUACACUUACUUGACCAACUUCCUGUCUUGUUACAAACCCUUGUGUCUUCUUUCCUCAAUCAAUCCAUCAAAUGUAUUUAUAGAGCCCUUUUUACAACAGCAGUUGUCACAAGUGCUUACAGUGCCUUCGGAAAGUAUUCAGACCCCUUGACUUUUUCCACAUUUUGUUACAUUACAGCCUUAUUCUAAAAUUGAUACAUUUUUUGAAAAUCCCAUAAUGACAAAGCGACAACUGUUUUUUAGAAAUGUUAACAAAUGUAUUAAAAAUCAAAAAACAGAAAUACCUUAUUUACAUAAGUAUUCAGACCGUUUGCUUUGAUACUCGAAAUUGAGCUCCGGUGCAUCCUGUUUCCAUUGAUCAUCCUUGAGAUGUUUCUACAACUUGAUUGGAGUCCACCUGUGGUAAAUUCAAUUGAUUGGACAUGAUUUGGAAAGGCACACACCUGUCUAUAUAAGGUCCCACAGUUGACAGUGCAUGUCAGAGCAAAAACAAAGCCAUGACGUUGAAGGAAUUGUCCGUAGAGCUCCGAGACAGGAUUGUGUCGAGGCACAGAUCUGUGGAGAUGGGAGAAACCUCCAGAAGUACAACCAUCUCUGCAGCACUCCACCAAUCAGGCCUUUAUGGUAGAGUGGCCAGACAGAAGCCACUCCUCAGUAAAAGGCACAUGACAGCCCGCUUGGUGUUUGCCAAAAGGUAAAGACUCUCAGACCAUGAGAAACAAGAUUCUCUGGUCUGAUGAAACCAAGAUUGAACUCUUUGGCAUGAAUGCCAAGCGUCACGUCUGGAGGAAACCUGGCACCAUCCCUACGGUGAAGCAUGGUGGUGGCAGCAUCAUGCUGUGGGGAUGUUUUUCAGCGGCAGGGACUGGGAGACUAGUCAGGAUCGAAGCAAAGAUGAACUGAGCAAAGUACAGCGAGAUACUUGAUGAAUACCUGCUCCAGAGCGCUCAGGACCUCAGACUGGGGCGAAGGUUCACCUUCCAACAGGACAACGACCCUAAGCACACAGCCAAGACAAAACAGGAGUGGCUUCGGGACAAGUCUUUAAAUGUCCUUGAGUGGCCCAGCCAGAGCCCGGACUUGAACCCGAUCGAACAUCUCUGGAGAGAACUGAAAAUAGCUGUGCGGCAACGCUCCUCAUCCAACCUGACAGAGCUUGAGAGGAUCUACAGAGAAGAAUGGGAGAAUCUCCCCAAAUACAGGUGUGCCAAGCUUGUAGCGUCAUACCCAAGAAGACUCGAUGCUGUAAUCGCUGCCAAAGGUGCUUCAACAAAGUACUGAGUAAAGGGUCUGAAUACUUAUGUAAAUGUGAUAUUAACGUAUUUUAAUUUUUAAUACAUUUGCAAAAAUUUCUAAAAACAAGUGUUUUGCUUUGUCAUUAUGGGGUAUUGUGUGUAGAUUGAUGAGGGGGAAAAACUAUUUAAUCAAUUUUAGAAUAAGGCUGUAAAAAGUCAAGGGGUCUGAAUACUUUCCGAAGGCACUAUAUACAGAAACCAACCCUAAAACCCCAGAGAGCAAGCAAUGCAGUCAUCGUUGACUUUAUAUGGCCUUAAACUGCCUUCAGUUGUACAAUCAGGUGGUUCCGCCAUUGCUAGUGGAACCCACACAUACCAGAAAAUUCAACAAAUAUGCAAAUAAUUGAGUAGCACAAACUUAUAAAUAAAAAAUCUGCCAAUAGAAAGCAAAUACUCAAUACAUACUGUACAUACCAAAGAUACUUAAAAUGCACUUUUCUUAUUUACUUGUGAGUAAAGCCCAUCUAGGAUGUUAACUGGAGGUUCCUUGGCCCCUCUGCUGGCCCAUUGAUUUCAGCGUACUCACUCUCCUGACCCAGGUUCCUGUCCUGGGCUGCAGCUGGGGUCUCUUUGGGACGUAA